GGGGCCCCGAGGAGUCGGACGCCCGCGGGCCCAGGGCCCUGGGGAGGGCUGCGGCCGACCAUGCCCGGCCUGCUGCUGCUGUUCACCGCCGCGCUGCUCUCUGGCUGGGCCCAGCUCCUGACCGAGGCCAACUCCUGGUGGUCGCUCGCUCUGAACCCAGUGCAGAGACCAGAGAUGUUCAUCAUUGGGGCACAGCCGGUGUGCAGCCAGCUGCCGGGGCUCUCCCCUGGCCAGAGGAAGCUGUGCCAGCUGUACCAGGAGCACAUGGCCUACAUCGGGGAAGGAGCCAAGACGGGCAUCAGGGAGUGCCAGCACCAGUUCCGGCAGAGGCGGUGGAACUGCAGCACCGUGGACAACACCUCGGUCUUCGGGCGAGUCCUGCAGAUAGGUAGCCGAGAGACCGCCUUCACCUACGCGGUGAGUGCCGCGGGGGUGGUCAACGCCAUCAGCCGGGCUUGCCGCGAGGGCGAGCUCUCCACCUGCGGCUGGCGGUCGGCGCGGCCCAAGGACCUCCCCCGGGACUGGCUGUGGGGUGGCUGUGGGGACAACGUGGAGUAUGGCUACCGCUUUGCCAAGGAGUUCGUGGAUGCCCGGGAGCGGGAGAAGAACUUUGCCAAGGGAUCGGAGGAGCAGGGCCGGGUGCUCAUGAACCUGCAGAACAACGAGGCCGGCCGAAGGGCUGUGUACAAGAUGGCAGACGUCGCCUGCAAAUGCCACGGCGUCUCAGGGUCCUGCAGCCUCAAGACCUGCUGGCUCCAGCUGGCCGAGUUCCGCAAGGUGGGGGACCAGCUGAAGGAGAAGUACGACAGUGCCGCCGCCAUGCGCGUCACCCGCAAGGGCAAGCUGGAGCUGGUCAACAGCCGCUUCAGCCAGCCCACCCCGGAGGACCUGGUCUACGUGGACCCCAGCCCCGACUACUGCCUGCGCAACGAGACCACGGGCUCCCUGGGCACGCAGGGCCGCCUCUGCAGCAAGACCUCGGAGGGCAUGGACGGCUGCGAGCUCAUGUGCUGCGGCCGCGGCUACGACCAGUUCAAGAGCGUGCAGGUGGGGCGCUGCCACUGCCGGUUCCACUGGUGCUGCUUCGUCAAGUGCAAGAAGUGCACCGAGGUCGUCGACCAGUACGUCUGCAAAUAGCCGGGCGCCCGCCCCGCCUCCCAGAAGUCUAUAUUAUGUAAAUCUAUAUGAAUAUAUUUUAUAUUUGUAUGAAUGAACGGAUAGAUGAUAAAUAAUUAAAAGAUAAAAGAGGAAAGAAAUGCUUAUUUAAGAGACGCUGCAGGUCUCGGAGGAUUGGACUUUGGGAGAAGGCCUUUUUCUCUCCCCCUGGCGAGGACGCCCAGGACCUAGGGACUUGGAAAUGGUUUCUGCCCCCCGCCUCCCCCACUCCCGGCGACCCUGAGGACAGGUCAUGGUUAGGUGGAGGAGGUGAUUUUGGUUUGCAGUCUCUGCUGAGCUGUUACUGCCCUGGGGCCCUGGGUACCGGGGCCAUGAGGACUCAGGCAGCCUGGUACUUACAGAGUCUAGCCCGGAGUGGAGGUCAGCUCAGGAGGAGGCCCAGGGAUGUCUUGCGGUCUCGUUCUUGUGGUCACUGGCAGCUACAGGAAUGUUUUUUUCCCCCAAACGAGGAGUGGUCCACGUCCUGUCUGGCCCUGCCGGGAGAGCGGGCCGCCUCUCCCCAGGGCCCUGGGCCUGGCUUUCCAGCAAGGAUCAUUUUCUUUCAGGGUUCACCAGCUCCUGCGCCAGGCUCCCUGCAUGAGGAGGAGAGGGGCCUGUUUGAGCUGGCGUGCUGGGGAGGCGUGUACCUGGGCUGCAGGGCCAGGCUCGCGGCCGGACUGAGGGGCCUGGCAUUGCCCUCCCACGCAGGGAGAGGAGCUCGGGGGCCACUGCGGCUGCCUCCUCCCUGGAGGAGAGAGCCCCAGGAGGCUGCCCGGUGUCUCCAGCUGUGCCCCGGCUACAGCUUCUCGCUGACAUUAAACACCCUUCCCUAACUUGGACACACGGUUAUCUUUCUUGAGUCUUCUUUUUUUUCUUUU